AUGCUCGCAUAUGGAUGCUCUGCAGACUCCACCGUCGAGUACUGUAGAUUAGGUGAAUCUACAGCCCUUGAAUGGUUGCGAAAGUUUUGUUCUGUUAUUAAAGCCUUGUAUGGUCAGUGGUACCUUCGUUCCCCAAAUCCGGCCGACCCUUACAGGCUCUUGCACAAGGCUAAUCGCAGAGGAUUUUCAGGCAUGUUAGGCAGUCUUGACUGCAUGCAUUGGGAAUGGAAGAAUUGCCCCACUACUUGGGCAUGCCAGUUUAUUAGCGUUGCCAGAUCGAACAACGAUAUCAAUGUUCUAACUUGUUCCCUUUUGUUCAAUGAUGUAGUGAAUGAAGUGUCUCCCCAUAUCCAAUAUGUUGUCAAUGGAAAUGAAUAUAAUUUGGGUUAUUACUUGGCUGAUGGUAUCUACCCUCGUUGGGCUACAUUGGUUAAAGCGAUUUCCCAACCGGAUACUAAAAAAAAAAGACUAUUUGCCCAAAAACAAGAGGCUUAUAGGAAGGAUGUCGAAAGAGCCUUCGGAAUACUUCAGGCUCAAUGGGCAAUUGUUAGGGGACCUGCACGUAUGUGGCGCAAAGAACAACUUCAUUCAAUCAUGAUGACGUGCAUAAUAUUGGACAACAUGAUUGUUGAGGAUGAGUAUGAGGAUCUAGAUGCAUAA